AUGGCGAAGAUUUGGAGCUUGAUAUUUGUUACCUGGUUGUGCGUGUUUUCCGUUUCUGAUGGUAGAGAACUCAAGGUUAGGCAUGCGAGUCAUCUUGCCCAGUACAAUCAUACACUUGCUAUAAUUUUAGUCGAAUUUGCUUCCGCGGUAUACUUGUCAGAUUUGACUCAACUUUUUACUUGGACGUGCUCUAGAUGUGGUGACUUGACCAAGGGAUUUGAAAUUAUAGAGUUGGUUGUUGAUGUGGAGCAUUGCUUACAGGCAUUUGUUGGAGUGGCUGAGGAUCCACUUGCUAUCAUCAUUGCAUUCAGAGGAACUAAUGAACACAGUUUGCAGAACUGGAUCGAAGAUUUAUAUUGGAAGCAGCAUGAAAUAAAUUAUCCAGACAUGGAUGAUGCAAUGGUACAUCGUGGUUUUUAUACUGCAUACCAUAAUACAACAAUACGCCCUGCAGUUUUAGGGGCCGUUGAAAGAGCAAAGAAGUUUUAUGGCGAUAUUCCAAUUAUAGUUACGGGGCAUUCAAUGGGAGGAGCAAUGGCUGCAUUUUGUGGACUUGAUUUAGUGGUAAAUAAACAAGAAAAUAAAGUUCAGGUUAUGACAUUUGGACAACCUCGUAUUGGGAAUGGUGUUUUUGCAUCUCUAUACAGCCAACUAGUUCCAAAUACAAUCCGAGUCACAAAUGACCAUGAUAUUGUUCCCCAUUUGCCUCCAUACUAUUACCGUUUACCACAGAAGACAUACCAGCACUUCCCGAGAGAGGUAUGGCUUUAUAACAUUGGAUUAGGAAGUCUUGUGUACAGGGUUGAGAAGAUUUGUGAUGGGUCUGGCGAGGAUCCAGAUUGUAGCAGGUCAGUGAGUGGAACUAGCAUCACAGACCACUUGGUCUAUUAUGGCGUUGACAUGGGAUCAGAUGAUCCGGCAACAUGCAGAAUCGUUAUGAAUUCUAAUGCUCUGAACACAACCACCAGAGAUUCAAGAGGAAACAUAAUCUUAUCUAGAAAUCCUGCAAGUUCUUUACUCAAAUUGAGUCAAGAGUUUGAUGAUCAGGAAGAUCCCGUCAAUUCCGAUUGA